GGGACAUGGCCGGAUAGAGUGGAGGCCCGGCGGCCGGCGGCAGCAUGAAGAAGAGCCCGGCGGUGCAGGGCACCCUCAGCAAGCUCUUCGGGAAGAAGCACGCCAGCCCCACCUCCACGUCUCUCUAUGCCACCAACCCGCCCUGGAUCUUCACCCAGGAGGCCCCCGACGAGGGGACCCGGCACUUCGAUGGGAUCUGUUACGGGGAUGCUCGACUGGACACGGUCAGCGAGUCAGGAACGGCCACACUGAAGGCCCGGCCCCGUGUGCGGCCCCUGCUGACGUUCCUCCCACUGAACACCCAGGAGAAUCAUGGGCUGGCUGUGCCAACCCCCUCUGUCCCUGAAGAUUUUGCAGGCAAAGAUGUGACAGGUGGCAACUCACUGGUCAAUGGCAGCCUCCGGCUCUACAGCUCUGUGGGGGACCUGAGGCCCCAGCACUAUGGCCUCGACCCACUCAUCCCCCCACCUCCCCCAGGCCCAGCCCCGGGGCCACCCCAGGACUUUCCACAGGCCCCAGGGGAGUCUCUGCCACCACCGCCCCCUUCCACAGCUCCCCCGCCUCCCCCUCUGCUGCUGGAACCACCCCCGCCCCCCACCCUGGAGAUCCUCUCCCCACCCACCACACCCGGCCUGCCCGACUUCAUCCCGCCUGCCCCUCCCUUGGUGUCUCUGGCCCCUCUGCCACCCACCGUGCCAGCUCCACCACCCCUGGCCCCUGCGGCCCAUACAGAGGGGACCCGCCUCUUUCCCUCUGGGGGGGUCACCAAGUGGACCUCAGAUGUGGCCCUGAAUGGCAGGCAGCCAGAGACCCCCAGCACCAGCCCCCCCAGGAGCCCCGCCCAGCCAAAGGGCCCACACCCUGAGACCAACCUCACUGCCCCCCGUUUGUCCAAGGUGCCCCCCCCAGCCCCAGUCCGGACCUCAUCUAUCUCAGUUCAGGAAGCCCAAGGGGGUCCCCCAGAGGAAGAGGGUACCAUCAAGAAGACCCCCAGCCACCUCCUAGUGCCCCCCAGCUUCCACAUCCGCCCUGCGUCCCAGGUGUACCCCAACAGGGCCGCUGAGCCAGGCCACCCUCGGGAGCCCAAGGCUGAGGCUCCACCCAGCCCAGGGCUCAGCCAGGCAGAGCCCCCCACAAAUGAACCAGCUGGGCCUCCACCCCCUGCCCGUCCUCCACCCCCUCCUGCACCCCCACUUCCCCCUCCACAGCCUUCUGUUGUACAGGCUGCCCCUCCAGCUGCUGCAUUCCCAAAGCACCCCAAAUCCAGCUUGCCCACUCUCAAACCCACACCCAAGUGCAAACCCAAACUCCCCACACCGGCGCCUGAGGCCUCCUCAGAGCCAGCAGACUGGCGCGACCCCAGCCAGUUGGAGCAGCUGCGGAGCCAGCUGGCAGCCUAUCUGUGUGGCCCCAGGAAGGAGGACAGAGCCCUCCGUCACAGGCCGGGCCCCACGGUGGCUGCUCAGGACAAGGAGGGCAAGAAGGGCCCAAGUCCCCCAGCAGAGGCAGUGCCCCGGAUCCUGCCUGAGAAGAUGCCCCCGGGGGUCCCCGAGAAGGGUCCCACCCUGGCCCUCCCCCCGGUGGACUACGACCCCCAGGACACCCCAGCCCGCAGUGUCCAGCAGAUCCGGAAGGAGCUGGAGGCCCGGCUGUCUGCAUCCGCAGAGAAGGACGCCAGGCCCAGUGUGGGGUCACUGCCCCCCAAACCCCGGCCAGGAGGGGGACUAAGCUUGGCAAACGGGACAGAUAAUGGCAAAUUCCCCAAGCCUGUGGCCAAGGAUCCACUGCCUCUGUCUACCACACUUCAGCUGCGGACCCCGGCCACCCCUGGGCUGGCCACAUCAUCCUCGGCCACCAUGAUGCCCGCCACGCCACCCUACUUGACGGCAGAGAAGGAGCGGGUCCCAGCUGAGCGACGUGGGCAGCGAGAGCAGCCAGAACCUCAGGAAGGCGAAGCGCCCCCGACAGAGCCCGCCAGACUGCUCACAUCCAAGGCAACCCUGGGCCGGGGAGAGGUGCAGCUCUUCUACAAGCCCCAUAGCCACCAGAGCAGCCCCAGCCUCAAUGAGGCCACAGAGCUGCCCAUGGUGGCCAGAGGGACAGCCAUGGGUCUGGGGGGUCCUGUGGAGCUGCAGGGGCCCCAAGCCUGGCCAGCCGCACCCCUGCCCCCAUCCCCAUCCCCGCCUGCUGACCAACUGCUUCGGCACCCCGUGACCGGGGAGGUGGUGGAGCGCGGGUCCCCUAUGGCCCUGCUCCUGGCAGCCCGGAAGCGGGCUCAGAAGGGGAGGCCUGGAGGGCUUGCCCAAGGGCGGUCCUUGCCUGGAAGCAUUCGAGGCUGUGGCGGCCUGCCGGAGCCCAAGUCUGACAGCGUCUUCCCCACGGACGGCAAGCCCAGCUCCUUCACCGUGGUCCCCAAGUCACCCAAGGAGGUGGAGAAGGUCACCCUGCUGCCCAGCGAGCAGAAGUCCCCAGAGGGCGCAGAGCCGCCCUCGCGGCCUUGGUGGACCACGAUGCAGCGCCCUGCACCCGGGGGGACCUGGGACAGGCCCAUCCCCUCCAGCCUCCCGCAGGACCCCUUGCUCCCCAGGUCCCUGUCGUCGCCACCCUCACCUUUCUGCAGGCGGCGGGAGGCUGAGGCUGAGGCUGAGGCUGAGGAGUUCACUUUUGAGGUCAUUCCGCCGCCGCCCGAGUUCAGCAACAACCCUGCUCCCUCGGUUCUCAAGGACCUGGGGCGGCCGCCUGGCCUGGCCUUCCCACAUGUCCUGGAGCGUGGCUGCCCCGGGGGCCGAUCGCUCAUCAAGAAGCGGCUGUACAUUGGGGGGGAGCCACCCCACGCCCCUGGACCUGGCCGCAGCCAGGGCACCCCCAACGGCCCGACGCCUCGCCGCCUCCCCUCCGCCGGAUGCCCACACCCUGCCGCAGUCCACGGGCGGCGGAUGUCACUGGAGGGCACUGUGGCACGAGGCAUGGGUGAUGCCAAGUACAGGGUGCCUGGGGACUUGGCGGGGGAGCACUGCCUCGAGCCUGCCACGGGCAGGUCACACAUCAACACCUUCACUGUGAGGCCCGGGACGCGCCAUCCCAUCUCCUAUGCCUACUCCCGAGCCCACCGGAAAGCCAUGUCCUGAGCCCGUGGCUCUCAGCUCUGCUCCGAGGGGUUGGGGCUGGGAAUUUGUCCUGGUGGGGGGUGGGAGGGUUGAAGCAGGUGUCAGCCUGAUCCAGACACAGAAGAGUCUUCGUUCUCCGAAGACAUGACGAGGAGCACAAGGAAGCCUGAGAAGGGAUCCGGGCUCUGUUUUCCAAAGCCACGGUGUGGUGUGGCUGGGGCCCUGCAGAAGGGGCUGGGGAGGGUGAGGAGGAAGAAGAGCGGGAGUCCUGCGCGCCCUGAGCCUCUGCUGUUUGCUGGCGGUUGCUUUAGUGAGAUUCACUGAGAGCAGCUGUGCAAGCCCAGACUGCUGAGCAGGUUCUAAGUGUUGCUGAAACCCGAGGGGCACUGGGCGUUGUGGGGUGGGUUCCUGUCCACGUGGCCCUGCCCUUAGCUCCACGGAGGCCCAGGCAGAGAGACUUGGUGAGCAGGGACAGGAGACCGAGGAUGAAGGCUGCUUCCUGUGCAGACCAAGCAGCCCUCAGGAUUGGGGCCUGAAAACAGCCCCUGCGUGCCCAGGUCUCGUGUGAGGGUUCCCGAACCCACUGUGACUUACGCAGGCCCAAAUGCUGGCGGGCCUUGGAAAGUGGAAGAUGGGAACACAGGUCCCAGAGAAGGUCACUGCUGGUGGGGCAGGUGUUUCAGGAAGCUGGGAGUACCAGGACUGGCCAGUUCAGAGCAGGGGUGACCAUUUGUCUUUUACCCGGGCAGUCCACGCUUAUGCCUGUUUUCCAAUGAAUCAGAACCCCGUAUUAAGUCCUGCUUGGCAUAAGAGCAUUGUAUUCACUCUCAGUUUUGUCUCCAGGUUGGGGCCGGGGAGUCAGGAGGAAGGCAGGGGGUGGCCCUUAAUUGGGGCAGCCUAGAAGCAGCUUCCCUUGGGAGCAAGAUACCGGAUCAUUAGCCAAGGGCCUAGGCUUCAGGGACAGAUACCAGAGCCACUUCCAGGAAAGACAGUGUAGGGUGGGUUAGGAGCAGGGUGGCCCUGGCCAGCCAUCCCGAGGGGACAGGGUCUGGGUCCCUGUGUUCAGGAUGCAGCUCUGCUCAACACCAGCCCUGGCUCUAGAAAUACUCGUGUUUCCGGUGCCGUGUUUUAGAACAGAGAUCACUAGGGCUGGGGAUUUAGCUCAGUGGUUCUGCCACCUUCCCCGCAAGUGCAAGGUCCUGAGUUCAAUCCCUGGUACCAAAAAAGAAAAGAAAAGAGAUCGCUAAUUCAUCUGCAGUGCUGAGGCUUGAGGAAGGGGUGUGACAUGGGCUCUGCGUUGCUCUGGGGUGGGUGGAGAAGGGCUUGGUCUCACUUGGCUUGGGAAAUAAACGAGCCAGUUGGGACUGGCCUUCAGCUCUGCGGCUGCAAGUGAUGAUUCGGAGUUCCUGGGUGUGGGAGACUUGGGCAGCUCUGCUGGGAAUGCCGAGCACAGGACGUUUGACCGCCCUGGUGUCUGACCUCGUUUUCCUCUUCUCCAAAUCCCUCCGGGGAAUGAGCAGAACCGAGGGCUGGUGAUAAUAAACAGUGUCCUUCUGCAAGACUCUUGGACUCUUCUGGACACGACAGCAGUGUUUACCUCCGCAGGCUCUGUGAAGAUCGGAGAUGGCCACACACUCAUGUAGCAAGGGUUUAUGGGGCUGCUGGGUGCCAGGCACUGUGCUUGGCAUGGGCAUACAGCCAUCCACACACGGUUCCUGGCUCCUGGCUUGGCAACAGCGGAGGUAAAAGAGAAUAAAAAGUGCCCAGAAA